AUGCGUGUUUUAAUAACUAACGAUGAUGGCCCCUUGAGCGAUCAAUUCUCGCCAUACAUCAGGCCCUUUAUUCAGCAUAUCAAGAAAAACUAUCCUGACUGGGAAAUUACGGUUUGUGUACCACAUAUUCAGAAAUCAUGGGUCGGUAAGGCCCAUCUUGCUGGUAAGAAUCUGACUGCUCAGUUUAUAUAUUCAAGAGUCGACUCCGAGGACAAUACUUUUUGGGGUCCAUUCAUCCAACCGCAAAUUAAGUCAGGGAACUCCAAAUUGCCUUACGUUCUGAAUGCCGAAAUUCCAAAAGAUGCAAUUGAGUGGGUGUUGAUAGAUGGAACUCCAGCAUCGUGCACAAACAUUGGGUUACAUCUAUUGUCGAACGAUUGUUUCGAUCUAGUGCUGUCAGGCCCAAAUGUUGGUAGAAAUACUUCUGCAGCUUAUAUUACAUCUUCUGGUACUGUGGGAGGCGCGAUGGAAUCCGUUAUCACUGGUAAUACAAGGGCUAUCGCUAUAUCAUGGGCUUACUUCAACGGAUUGAAAGAUAUUUCUCCUGUGUUAAUGGAAAAAGCCUCUAAGAGAUCCUUAGAUGUUAUCGAACACCUUGUGAACAACUGGGACGCAAAAACGGAUUUAUAUAGUAUCAAUAUUCCUUUGAUGGAGACUUUAAAUGAUGAUACAAAGGUCUUCUAUGCACCAAUCUGGGAAAAUAGAUGGGUCCCAAUAUUCAACGGGCCUCAUAUCAACUUGGAAAACAACUUUGCUGAGAUUGAAGAUGGUAACGAAUCCUCUUCAAUUUCCUUUAACUGGGCACCUAGAUUUGGUGCUCAUAAGGAUUCCCUUCACUAUAUGAACGAAUACAAGGAUAGUACUGUUUUAACCGAUGCCGAAGUCAUUGAAUCCGGAAUGAUCAGCGUUACGCCGAUGAAAGCUACGUUCAAGGGUGUUAAUCACCUACUUGGAGAACUGAAAUUGGGUAGGAAAAAAGAUAGUUCCCCGAAGACUAGCAACCUUUUGGUGGUGAGCAUUGAUCCAUUGGAAUAUAUAUAUAAACCCCUAACUCGUGCAUUAAAAAAAUACUUGCCAAAAAUAGAAAUAAUAACAAGCUUACCAGAAUUUGACAAUGGAGAAACUGAAAACAAAAUGAAAAUUUUUCAUUACGGUGAUUAUGAACAAUUAGAUAUGGACAAGUUAAUGGAACUGCCAAAAAAUUAUUUCACGAAUUCUUAUAUAUAUAGAAAGGCAUUAAUCAGGAAGCAUUUUCUAUCGCACACUAUACAGACGUACACUGCAAAGCACCCGGAAUCAAUUUUGAAAAAGGCAUACCUAGAAUCCUUUACUAUUGAUUUAGAUUAUGCUGAAUUUCUAGACGAUGCAUUAGACGAAAAUUGGGAAUUACGUCAAGAAUUGGAAAAUGAAAGCAAAGGUAAAUGGUGGAUUGUAAAACCAAGCAUGAGCGAUAAAGGUCAAGGAAUUAGGGUAUUCAAGACCAUCGAAGACUUACAAGCCAUCUUUGAUUCUUUUGAUGACGAAGAUAGCGAAGCUGACGGGAGUGGAAAUGACGACGAUAUUGAUGAUGCAAACGGUGAAUUCAUGGAUGAUAACAAAGUGAACAUCUCCCAACUGCGCCACUUUAUUAUACAGGAAUAUUUAACAAACCCAUUACUAUUACCAUCCAUGGAUAAUAGAAAGUUCCAUAUAAGGUGUUACGUUGUUUGUAGGGGGGAUUUGCAAGUUUUCGUAUAUGAUAGAAUGCUAGCGUUAUUCGCGGCGAAACCGUUUGUACCCCUAGAUCCCGAUGCAUAUUCCGUAACAGAUUUGAAGGAUUUGGAGUGCCAUUUGACUAAUACAUGCCUGCAGAGCAAGAAGAAGGAUAAAGAUUCUUCCGUUUUGGAAUUUGAUUCGAUACAGGAAAUACCAGACGAGAAAAAGUCCUAUAUUAAGGAACAGAUACAUUGCAUAACAAACGACGUUUUCUUAGCGGCUGUGAAUGUAAAUAGAUUAAACUUCCAACCGUUAUCAAACGCAUUCGAGACAUACGGUGUGGACUUCUUAAUUGACUCAAACUAUGAGGUCAAAUUACUGGAGAUUAAUGCUUUCCCAGAUUUCAAACAAACCGGUAAGGACUUGAAGAACCUCAUUGAUGAAUUGUUUGAUGAUACCGUUCAUUAUUGUGUUGUUCCAAUCUUUAAUGAAGAUGGAAGCAAGACCGAUAAUGAAACGGAUCCAAAUUUCGUGAAAGUCAUUGAUUGCACUUCAAAUGGUUGGUGA